AGGAGUGGAUCCACAUUGGGUGAUGGAGGCAGAGACAAUUGCUGCUUCCCCACACAAGACUCCAACACCAACAGAGGCAAUUGCAGACUCCCUCCUUCCUUUUCCUUGGGGAAAGAAAAAGCCUUUUAACCUUACACGCUGUUUUCAAGACGUAACCAUCCUUCAGAUCUGAAUACAUAUCCUUCCCUAAAUAAUACUUGGAGUGCCUUUCAAUCACAUCUUCCAAAUGUCACUUUCUUCAUUCAACCUGCUUUUCCCCCUUUUCUCUUUUGGAUUUAGGGUGAAACUCAAUUGAAAAACAACACUUAGAUGGGAUCCGGUGGGAGCAAGCAUUGUUGCAGACUAGGCGGCGGAACAGAAAUUGCAUCUUCUUCUUCCUCGUCUGGCGACGCUGCCAGACGGAGAAGAUCCAAGGGGAAGAACAGAGUUUUCCGGUCCUCUUGUCUGAGAGCGUUAUCUGGAUCUGAGUCUCCUAAACCUAACUUUCCCCAUCGGAAAGAACCUGCGUCGGAGUCGGAUCAGGUCAAAAAAGAAUGUCGCAAAAAGGUUGAAGACGAAACGGCAUCUCACGAUGAAAUGCCAACGCCUUGCGUAACUUCUGGUGGUAGCACUUCUGGUGCGGCCGCAACAGCUGCGCAUCACUCUCCUUCUCGAUGCCUCUCCGGCUUUAGCUUCCGAUUAAGCAGAGGUAAUAGUUUGGAGUCCUCCGCGGAAUAUCGUGUUUCUCCUACGAGUCUUUCAAUGUUGAACCGUGGUGACAAUUCUGUCACACUAGAACCUCAACAACCUCCCCGCAAUUCGUGCUCUCCGAUUAUCGUCAAUGAUGCAGAUGGAACUGGAGAGGCUAUUGAAAGCAAUGCUCGUUUUAGCAGAGCCUUAAGUGUUGGAAGGCUUCGUGAUCGUGUUCUUGGUAGAGCUUCCUCAUUCUUCCCUUCGCAGCAAGACAUACAACUAAUUACUAAUCAAACUCGGGAAUUAGCUACCUUUCCAUCCACCACCACCACCGAUUCCGCUCUUGAUUCCUCCAUCGUUUCCCAGAAUGAAAUUGAAACUCCACGAUCCAGAGAAGCCAGGUAUCAUGAUUUGUUCCACCACAGAUCCAAUUUCCUUGAAAGGAGGAGAAGAAUACGAUCUCAGGUCCGAGCUCUUCAACAGUCAGGAAGCCAUUUUGAGAACUUAUCAGGACAUGAAAGAUCUUGCAUUUUAUCUGGUCAACACAGAACUGGUCAAUGCGCAUGUCAUGUAAAUAAUCAAAAUUCUAGCUCAAACGAUGACACCACCAGUGCUAGGUCUAGCGUGUCCAGAAUUGUUAUGCUAGCUGAAGCUUUAUUUGAGGCCCUGGAUGAAAUUCACCAGCAAUCGUUGGUUUUAUCUUCUCAACCAUCUUUGUCUCCAAUUGGGUCUGUUCCUGCACCAAAUGAAGUUGUGGAAUCACUUCCUCUCAAAGUAUACAAGUCACAGAAACUUAUGAAUGAUGAGGCUGUGCAAUGUUUCAUCUGCCUUGGGGAGUACGAGGAGGGGGAUAUCAUUCGGAGAUUGCCUUGUAAUCAUGAAUUUCAUAGAACAUGUAUCGACAAGUGGCUCAAGGAGAUUCACAGGGUGUGCCCUCUUUGUCGAGGUGAUGUAUGCGGACCUGAUUGGAUGCCUACGGAGAAGUAGAGCUUCUAGUUUGUUUAUACAUAAUUGAGCAUUGGCAACAGACUUUGGUGAGCAUUGGGAACAGACUUUGGUGAGCAUUGGCAACAUAAUCGAACAUGAAUAUGAACGAGUGUGUUUAAUAAAUCUCAUCUGUGAUCAGUUUCAUCACUUUUUGGCUGCACAAUAAAAUGAUAACAUAAAUUUUUAUUGUU